ACCAUACUGCCAGUAUAAUCUCUCAGCGGCGGGAGGGCUUCAGUCAGGACCGGGACCAGGAGGUCUUCCGCCUGGUGCUGGUGGUGGCUGAUGGGGGGGAGCCCCCUCUCAGCAGCACUGCCACGCUCUCCCUGAGGGUGUGUGUGUGUCAGAGGAACACCAGGGUGCGCCACAACAGCGUCUGUCAGGCCGAGGCCUUCCUGUCCUCAGCUGGUCUCAGCAUCGGGGCUUUUGUGGCUAUUAUGCUUUGUAUCGUCAUAUUAAUAACCAUAGUGAUGCUAUUCACCCAGCUCCGAAAUAAGAAAGCGAGUAAAGAGCCCUUAAUUCUUUCCGAAGAGGACAUCAGAGAAAACGUGGUGACCUAUGAUGACGAGGGGGGCGGAGAGGAAGACACGGAGGCCUUUGACAUUGCCGCACUUCGAAAUCCCAAAAACUCAGAGAGGAAGUUCCACAGUUACCAUGGCUACAGACCAAGCCCGUACGAAGAGGACGAGCUGGAGGAGGACGAGCUGGAGGAGGUCGAGAUGGAGUAUGACGAGGACGGGGUCAUGGCGCUGAGGAGGGGGACGGCUCAGGAGGUGGAUUAUGGGAACUACAAAGCAGGGCCAGAAACUUCCUGGUUUGUCCUUGACUGCGUUCCUCAAGAGAUCAGCCAAUUGGCACCCUCCCUUCUGCUGCAGGGUCAGGACAUCAUUCAGCAGAUCCUGGAGCAGAAGGUUGUCCAGGCAGACUCAGACACACGCGGUCCACCUUAUGACUCGCUACAGACGUACGCCUAUGAGGGCCGGGGGUCCUUGACAGGGUCCGUCAGCUCUCUGGGCCUGACCGGUGCAAUGCCCGAACUAAACUAUGCCUUCCUGGAAGAAUGGGAGUCAGAUAGGCAAAGACUGGAACACAUGGUCGGAGAGCAGCUGGGUACAGAUCAAGCUAACACUGACUAAGACGUUUUGUCUUUUUCUUUUUUUGUUACUGUUGGCAAGACUUUCUGAACCAGAUGCUUUCUACUUGUGGUAUUCAAUCUGAGGGCCGAGAAGCAAAAGACUGCCGCAAAAAACUGGCAAUUAGGAAUUGAGAUGUCAUAUGAAACCUGAGAAUAAGAAAAGCCAUUUUCUAUGUGUGACAGGUUCAAAGAACAAAGGAUUCUGGCCUUAAUCUUCACUGUUACCAAAAAUCAAUCACAGCUACCCUGGAGAUAAAUACUUUAUAAGCUAGGAGCCCAGUGAUCCGAUUAUCAGACAUGUUUCAUUGGCUUGAAAUAUGGAAACAGGAAGUUUCACUAAUUUCACAUUCAUUAAAGGUCACCUAUUAUGCAAGAUCGACUUCUCCAUGUCUUUCUACAUCAACGUGUGUCCCCUCUUCAUCAUGUCUCCUCUACAUCAACAUGUGUCCCCUCUUCUUCAUGUCUCUUCUACAUCAACAUGUGUCCCCUUUUCCUC